AUGCGUAUGACUCAAGACAUGGACGAUGACGAGAAGGGAAAACUGUUCGUUGGUGGACUGUCAUGGGAGACCUCCCAAGAGAACCUGCAGCGUUAUUUCUCCCGCUACGGGGACGUUAUCGACUGCGUUGUGAUGAAGAACAGCGAGUCUGGUCGGUCCAGGGGUUUUGGCUUCGUAACGUUUGCCGAACCCUCAUUGGUGAACGUUGUGCUGCAGAAUGGACCGCAUCAGCUUGAUGGCAGAACCAUCGACCCGAAGCCGUGCAAUCCGCGCACGUUGCAGAAGCCGAAACGCGGCGGUGGAUACCCCAAGGUCUUCCUGGGAGGUUUACCGUCCAACGUUACCGAGACCGAUUUGAGGGUGUUCUUCGGUCGCUAUGGCAAGGUCAUGGAAGUCGUAAUCAUGUACGACCAGGAGAAGAAGAAAUCCAGAGGUUUCGGCUUCCUGUCCUUCGAAGAUGAGAUCUCCGUGGAAAGAGUCACCCAAGAGCACUUCAUCAACCUCAAUGGCAAGCAGGUGGAGAUCAAGCGUGCUGAGCCCCGAGACGGUUCCGGUAAGAUGGGCACCGGCGGCGGCGGCAUGGGCGGCGGCGGGAUGAACGCACCCGGCGACCAACCCGCGGCCGGUCAGUGGGGUCCCCCGGCACCUGCCAUCAAUAUCAUGCAAGGCCACAAUGGCCAGAUGGGGGGCCCUCCUAUCAACAUGCCUAUGGCUGGGCCUAAUAUCAUGCAAGGGUACCAGGGCUGGGGCACGUCUCCCGGGCAGACGUCGUACGCGGGGUACGGCGCGGCGGGCGCGGGCGCGGGCCCCGGCAACUACCAGGGCUGGGGCGCGCCGCCCGCGCCGCAGGCGCCGCCGCACGCGCCCGCCUGGCCCGCGACCAACAACUACGCGCAGCACACGCAGCCGCCCGCGCAGGGAUACUCCAGCUACGCCAACUACAGCUCGGCGCCAGCGGGCGCGUCGGCCGGCGGCAGCUGGACCAACUGGAACAUGCCGCAGAACUCGAACUCUACUGGCUCCGGCUCGUACGUGCCGCUGUCGGAGGGCGGCGAGAUGUACGGGCGCGGCGCGGGCGGCGGAGGCGGCGGCGCGCCCAACCUGGGCGGCGCUCUCUCGUCCGCCGCGCUCUCCAAGUCCUCCUCCGCGGACUACUCCAACUACCAGCAGUACCCGCCCGCCUACCAGCAGGACCAGGGCUCGUCGUACGGCGGCGGCGGGUCUCGCGCGUACGGCGGCAGCGAGUACCACGGGUCGGGCGGCGCGCCCGCCGCGCCCGCCGCGCAGCCUCCAGAGGGUGACGGAGUGGGCAGUAAUGCAGGCAGUCCUAAGUUCGUGGCUGUUCCACAGAUGACAGACAAUAUCGGCACGCCACCACAGGUCCCAAUGGUGUACUGCGGAGGUAUGGUCUCCCCACAACCUUCGUUUUGCAAUGUUUCCGAUAUAAGUGCGUCCGCUUCAGGGGACGACUAUGAAUAUACUGGUGGGUCGGGCGAUGGCUACCAACGGUCAUCAAAACGGAGCUACCACGGCGCAUCUUCGGGCGGCACAGCAUCCGCUUCGUCGUAUCACCCCUACAGGCGUUAACGACUGACCCACACUUGUGGCCUACGCGAUCUGGGACGUAGAUUAGAUUAGGUAACGUUUAUUCGUCGACUCGGACAUUCCACGACGUUUUUGUACAAUACCAUCGACAAUGCAUUUUAUGACAUAAUUAAUAGAGCGUUGUGGAAAAACCUAGGAUUCACGGUCUCAUGACGUGAUGAUAAACAUGCAAGGUAGCCAAGAAUAUUCCAUAGCAACUAUUCGUUACUGAAGAUUCGCUGUUCUCGUGGAGCAUUCUCGGCUCUUGUCACACACAUUCCCACCGUAUGUAUGGUGCCGUUUCGUCGUUAGUCGACUUUUAAACAUUUGUAAAAUAAUAAUAAUUAUUAUAUCUUUUUUUUCUACAAACGCAAUCAUUAAGUUUGUAAAUGGUUUUUAUGGACAGAGUCUAUAAAAAAACGUAUUUUAUCUGUUCCGAAAUAUUUUUGAUAGCAUUUACUCUUAACAAACUUUACAGCUGUUUAGAGGCUGAAUGAUACUGGUAUAUCAUAAUAUUGGAUUGCAACAUUGUUGACAAAGUUAAUCCGAAUGAACUGCUCGAAACGUUUUAUUAUAAACUUUAUCCGAAUGAUUAUAGGCUAGUUUUUCUUUUGGUCAUGUUUGUGUAGUGUGGACUGGGUUUUAACCAGUGAACGUUGACUAAACUGAAAUUGUCAGUUGUAUCAAACAAAUAUCACAUUAGGCAAAAACUAUACAUAUGUUUGGAAGUUACGUAACCAAAACUUACUGGUCUGAUAUACAAUAGAGAAAUCUAAAUGUCGAUUUUAUAUUUUUUUAACGCAAUGGUCAUUAUUUAUAACGACUACUCUACCUUAUUCCCUAUUAAACCUAACAAAUAAGAUUUAGAUUGACCGAAAUUGAUUUGGAUGUAUUUUGUAUAAACAUUUUAACCGAUUUUAUGAAGUAAUUUAGGUCUAAAUUGCAUGUAAACGAACGAGUACUAUGCGUAGAGAAGUAAGUAAAUUCCCUUCUGAAAAUCAUGUUAAUAUAACAGUUUCGUCGUAGUGAAAGGCAGUUAUGGUGAAAUUCAUAUUACAAUGUAAAUAUGGUAUUCAGGUGAAUGGAACCUGGAUUUUUACAUGGAUUCCUUUUUAAAUAUGAUUGUUUUCGUUGUCGUGAAUGCGCGUUAAAAUUUGCCGAGCUGGCAUACCUUUUGAAUCUUUCCCCAAUUACUUUGUUCUCUUGACUCGUGUAUUUUUGUUUCCUUCAAUAAAAGUACUGAAUACUAUAAGUUUUAUUUAAAUUUCGGCCGGCUAGGUGUCCCACCUGACUCCUCGCCACACUACUUGACUCUAGAUUGGAAAUAAUACAAACGCAAAAAUAUUUUUUAUAAUAAACAUAUUACUUUAUUUUUGAAUCAUUUUUAAAUUACAUUUUAUAUCGCGAGUAGGUAGGCCUUGUUAAUUAAUAUAUUUAAAUAAUGUACGUUAAAAUUUAAUGACAUCGAAUAAGUACAAUGGAAAAUAGAUCAGAAUUAUGUAAUAAUGUAAUUAAAAUUAAUCUUUAUAACGAUGUAAUAUAAUAUAAAAUAGAAUUUAAUGUACAUUAUAAUUUUCUUAAUGGUUUAAACAGAUGAACAGGUAAAUACAAUUAGGUCGGACAAUUUUAAUUACUCUAGAUAUAUAUCUAAUAUUAAUAGUUAGACAUUAAAAUUAAGAAGUUUACGUAAUUAGCACACAUGAAUUAUUUUUAGCUUAGCAGUUCGAUACCUGGACCAUAGUUAUAAUAAUUUAGCCACCUAUACGUUACCUAUAUUAAAAUUUAUUUCUAAGUAAUUUGGCUUAGAUUUUUAUAUAAAUAUAACCAUGUUCUUGAUAUAAAUUAGUGUUACGGAAAAUUCUUAUGUAGAAUCGUCUAAAUAAAUUUGUGUCAAGUUAUUUUUCACAUUAUUUAUUCAAUCAAAGCUUCUUAAUCAUGUCUUACGUUGCUAGUAAUGGACAGAUAUCGAAUUUUUUAAAUUAACAAUAUCUACGCAAAAAUGCGGAUACCCCCUUAAUUACAAAAGCGAUUUUGGAUGUGCAUACACCAAAUUGUGACAAUAAAUACUAAUUUGUGCAAAAUACAUUAUAAAUUCUAAAAAUGAUUGACAAAAUUUGAUUUUUACAUAUAUCUAAAAGGGGUUCAGGGACUAUUCUGUAAGGCACUAGGAUAGUAAAGCAGAAAAUUAUUAGAAAAUGCACUUUUUGACGGUUUAGUAGUACCCCUUCAAGGGACAGUGAAAACAAUUAUUUUGAGAUUGUAUUUUGUCAUAAUAUAUCUAUAUAUACAUAAAUAAUGUUUGUAGGUAACAUGAAAGUAAUUAUUCUUGGUCCUGAACUGAACCUACAUACCUAUAGUUUU